AUGACGACGACGAGCAAAACCGCGAGCAAUGUGCUGAUGAACGGAGCGGAGUACUGGCGCUGCCUAGAAGACGUUCUCGCUAGGGUCGUCUCGUUCUGCAGCUCGAGGUCACUGAAAGAGGGGUUCUGCGUUCAUGCCCCUGUGGUGAAGCUUUGUCUUCACGAUCAUCUCUACGUGAACAACAACCUGCUGAACCUUUACGGCAAAUGCUUCGGACUGAGGGAUGCACGCCAGCUGUUCGACGAAAUGCCUCACAGGGACGUCGUGUCGUGGUCUGGGAUUCUCUCCACUUAUGCGAAGAAUGGACGGCACGGCGCCGCGAUCGACUUGUAUCGUGACAUGGCGGAUUCGGGUGUGUACCCAAAUGCCUUCACUUUCUCCUGUGUCGUAAGAUCGUGUGCUGCGCUGAGUGAUCUUGACUACGGGAAGCGCGUUCAUGGUAGUCUGGUAAAACAUGGGUUGCAGUCAAACCUAGUGGUGGGAAGCUCUUUGAUUGAGUUGUAUUCCAAGUUUGACUCUUCAGAUGCGACUAAAGUCUUCGGCUUGAUCGAUGAAGCCGAUGUUGUUUCUUGGACAACAAUGAUCUCUUCCUCAGUUCGAGCUGGUAAGUACCGCCAAGCUUUCCAGCUUUACAUCGAUAUGAUUAAGUCUGGAGUCACUCCAAAUGGGUUUACUGUCUCCAAAAUGUUAGCAGCAAGUGGAUUUCUCGGCUUGGAAUACGGCAAACUGAUUCAUGCCCACGCCGUAGUUUUGGGUGUUGAGCUGAAUCUGGUAACGAGAACAACACUUGUCGACAUGUACUCAAAAUGCCAGAGGAUGGAAGAUGCUGUGAAGGUAGCCAAGCUCACCAAUGACUCUGAUGUAGUCCUAUGGACUAGAAUCGUCUCAGGAUUUGCUCAAAACUCAAACUUCCAAUCGGCUUUGACUGCACUGGCAGACAUGAAUCUCGCUGGCAUCUCACCAAAUGAGGUGACAUACUUGGUCUUGCUCAACGAAUGUUCACCAAUUCUCUCGCUGGAUUUGGGUACACAAAUCCAUUCGAGAGUAAUCACAGCUGGAUUAGAGGACCAUAUCCCCCUCGGAAAUGCCCUUCUUGAUAUGUACAUGAAAUGCUCUGACACGGUAGAAGAUGGGUUGAGAGUCUUCAAGGAGAUGCAAUCGCCUAAUGUCAUCUCUUGGACAUCGUUAAUCGCUGGCUUCUCCAACCAUGAUCUUCAACAAGAUUCAUUUCGCUUGUUUAUUGAAAUGAGAACAGCUGGAGUGCUACCAGCUUCUUAUACUCUUACCACCGUCCUCCACGCAGCAGAUUCACCGAGCCAAACGUUGCAGCUUCAUGCACAAGUGAUCAAGUUGAAAGUAAGUCAGGAGAUCUUUUUGGGCAAUGCUCUGGUGGAUGCUUAUGCCGGGUCAGGUAGGAUCGAGGAUGCAUGGCGAGUGGUUAGAACGAUGAAUAAAAGAGACAUCAUAACCUACACAAGUUUGGCCACAAGGCUCAACCAGAGUGGCCAUCACAAACAGGCAUUGGAAAUAGUACGCCACAUUGCCAAUGAUGAUGGAGUGAAGAUGGAUGGAUUCUGUCUCGCUGGGUUCUUGUCAGCAUCCUCGUACCUUGGAAAACAAGAAACCGGACAGCAGCUUCAUUGUCUCUCUGUCAAGUCUGGUUUUGGCAGCUGCGUUUCAGUACUGAAUAGCCUGGUUGACUUCUAUGGUAAGUGUGGACUUUUAGACGAAGCAAGGAGAGCCUUUGCGGAGAUUAGAGAGCCUGAUGUUGUAUCUUGGAAUGGGUUGAUGUGUGGGUUUGCAUCGAAUGGGUUUAUCGAUGAUGCUCUAUCCACCUUUGAUGAAAUGAGGCUAGCUGGAGUUGCUCCUGAUAAGGUGACGUUUUUGUCUGUGCUCUUCGCUUGCCAACAGGGUGGUUUGAUAGAUCGCAGCCGUGAGUAUUUUGAUUCAUUCAGGGAUCAGCAUGCCAUAGAGCCACGGUUAGAGCAUUAUUCUUGUUUGAUAGAUACCAUGAGUAAAGCUGGGCGUCUGGAAGAGGCUGUAGAGGUUCUGGAGACUAUGCCUUUGAAGCCGGAUGCUUCGAUAUACAGAAAUCUGUUGGCUGCUUGCAGAGUUCAUAACAAUCUGCGCCUCGGAGAAGAUAUGGCUAGGCGAGGUCUGGAGCUUUGUCCAGGGGAGCCAGUGUUCUACGUUUGGCUUGCCAAGCUGUACGAUGACUGUGGGCGGUCUGAUUUGGCGGAACAGACUCGGAAAUCGAAGAGAGAGUGGUUCUCGAGGGUCGAGCCAGAUGGAACAUUGGAACAAGAUGAAUCUCUUCCAGAAAUGAAGCAUGUUAUGCUGUGA